AGUACAAAGAAAUGCGCCUUUCUCGCAACUGCCCGGUAAACGGUGCCGUGUCCCUUUAAAAACGUCUGACAAAAAGCCCAUAUGAUCCCCGAGCUCCAAUCACCAAUUCCUUCUGCAAAAGCAGCCUCUGCAUUUUUGUCUGUCUGAAUGCUACAGCCGCACGGGGAAGAAGAAAAAAAAGAAAAAAGAUUGAGGAUAAGGCAAAAACUGAAGAAAUGUGAUCAUUCAACGGUCAUUUUCAUGGCGAAGGGAAAACUGGAGUUAUUCUGGGACUCCUUCGAGCCUCGAAACGCUGGAUCAAAAUGCUCAUAGUGGAAAAGACCACAGACUUCCCCUCUGCUGAGUUCUCCCUGGUGGAGGAUGUGGCUCUGCACUUCACCUGUUUGAUGGACAGGCUGAACGAGCAGCGCCUCUUCCAGCCUGACCUGUGUGACGUCGACAUCGUUCUGGUGCGUCAGCACAGCACCUUCCCAGCCCACAAGGGCGUGCUGGCGGCCUACAGCCCUUUCUUCCACUCCCUUUUUGCACAAAGCAAACAGCUGCGGCGGGUGGACCUGUCGCUGGACGCCCUGACCUCACAGGGCCUGCAGCAAAUCCUCAACUUCAUUUACACCUCCAAACUGCUGGUGAGCAGCCGCACUGUCCGCGACGUGCUCAACGCAGCUACCCUGCUUCAGAUGAGCGACAUUGCAGCCUCCUGUCGCGACCUCAUCAGCAGCCACUCGCUGAGAACCACCUGCGCAGAUAUGGCCAAUCGGGAAGGGCUCGGUGGCGAUGACCCAACUUCUGUAGCGAUGCCUUCCAGACAGCUGUACCCGGAGAUCAAACAGGAGUUGGAGCUGGGGAGGUUGUACAAGAGGGACGGCAGCAGCCUGUUCUCUGUCAGGGUGGAGGAGGCGGGCAAGACGGCCUCCCAACAGAAGCAGUAUUACCAGAAGGAGGACGCGUCAGGGGGCGGGGCUGGUGCAGUUGUGGCUGCUCCGUGCAAAGUCGAGAGCAACGGAGAGGAGUCAAAGACCGCCGACAUCCACGCCUCCUUCAACAGAGACCAGAUCAUUGUUGAAGUCAACCUCAACAACCAGACCCUUAAUGUGUCGAAGGGGCCGGAGACCAAAUCGGCAAACGCCACAGAGGCGGUCGCCAUGUUUGGUUGUUGCCCCGACAACGAGAUAGAUUCAGAAGAAGGUGAGGAGGACGAGGUGGAGAAUGACGACACGGGUGGAGAAGAGGAUGACGAUGAGCUGAAGAGGGGGGAUAUACUGGGACAGAGCAGCGAGGAGGAAGAAGAGGAAGAAGAAGAGGAAGAGGAGGAGAACACUCUAAACAUUCCAGGCUUGGAGCAGCCGGCCCGGAUGGAUCGAACUCGCCGGGGCACCAGAGCCUUUGCCAUUGCGGGUACCACCGCCUCCAUGCGGCAGACACUGGCAGAGGCCAAGCUGGCCAACCAGCGGCAGGGUGGGAAGAGGACGCUGGAUGCAGAGGGCCUGGGCCAGAAAGUGAGGCUAGAGGAGAAGCAACAUUUCCCAUGUAAGAAAUGCCCUCGUGUCUUCAACAACCGCUGGUACCUGGAAAAACACAUGAACGUUACUCACAACCGCAUGCAGAUCUGCAAUAACUGUGGGAAACGCUUCCUUCUGGAGAGCGAGCUGCUGCUGCACCAACAGACCGACUGUGAGAAGAGCAUCCAGUGUGUAACAUGUGGCAAGGCCUUCAAAAAGCUGUGGUCGUUACACGAGCAUAACAAGAUCGUCCACGGCUACGCCGAGAAGAAGUUCUCCUGCGAGAUCUGUGAGAAGAAGUUUUACACCAUGGCUCAUGUCAGGAAGCACAUGGUUGCUCAUACGAAGGACAUGCCGUUCACCUGUGAGACGUGCGGGAAGUCGUUCAAGCGCAGCAUGUCCCUGAAGGUUCACUCUCUGCAGCACUCUGGAGAGAAACCCUUCAAGUGUGAGAACUGCAGUGAGCGCUUCCAGUACAAAUACCAGCUGCGAUCCCACAUGAGCAUCCACAUCGGACACAAGCAGUUCAUGUGCCAGUGGUGCGGAAAGGACUUCAACAUGAAACAGUACUUUGACGAACACAUGAAGACACACACUGGAGAGAAGCCGUACAUCUGUGAGAUCUGUGGGAAGAGCUUCACGAGCCGGCCCAACAUGAAGCGCCACCGCCGCACCCACACCGGGGAGAAGCCGUACCCUUGCGAGGUGUGCGGCCAGCGCUUCCGCUUCUCCAACAUGCUCAAGGCCCACAGGGAGAAAUGCUUCCGCGUCAGCAACCCCAUGGUUACCGACGGCAACGACCCCCUCGGCCUCCAUCAGCCUCUGGCAUCGCCCGCCCUGGACUCUUCCAGCCAGGCGCUGCCCGCCACGUCUGCGACCACACCCGCUGCUGCUUCUAGCCCACACCACCUCCAUGGCACCCAGCUGUCUCUUCCCCUGCUGCACUCCAUGGGGGGGCUGCCUCCCACUCCUCAUUUACCCCCACCGCCUCCCCUGUUCUCUGCCGGUAGGAUGAACUCCAACAACUAACAAAUAUCCGUAGCAUCGAAAAAGCACUUUUGUUACUUUUUGUCUUUCUUAGAGCUUUUAAGAGGACUCCUGCAGCCGGAGAGUGAUGCACCUCAGUGACGUUUACACUGAGAGGGAAAAACUGACUAAAGGCUAACACACAUACACCUACCACAAUAAGAAAUAGUUAUUUUUUACUCUGUUUAAUACAAUAGAUAACCUCAGAGUCCUGUAGGACGUGUCUUCACCACGCCUCUCCUCAUGAUUUUCACAACUCUGUUCUGGUUUCAUUUGGGAUUUUCCACCACUGCACACAUCUCUCCUGAGCCUUGCACAAUGCAUUGAUUGUAGCAUCUUUUACAAAGUCUAAGGUAGAGUUUCCUAAAUCCUUACUCUACGGGGGGUCAUCAGUCCAGCAAAAACCAGACUAUAAUGAGAAUUAAAAAAUGUAAAUGUUUUGAUCGUUCUCUGCCAAGAUGUAGCGAGUGGUUCUGAUCUGACCCAGCAAUAACCAAAUGCUGAUUUGUCUGAGCAUAUACAUGUAUAUGGCAUUGCCAAUAACCAAAUCCUGUUAGCUCACAUGCUAUAGUUAGAUAAUGUUAUACAGCAUUUAUAAUCGAUCCUGCACCUUACAUUUAACUCUAGUGAUAUUUAAAAUGUACUCCUAAUUGUCUCCAUUUUUAUAAUUGUGAUAGUGUGUUAUUUGUGGCACGUUACGUCAAUGUGUAAGGACGUGAGAGAAGUUAUGAUGCGUGGAGAGUCAGCCGUGCAAUGCAGCGUGUGUGAUGUGUGCGUGAGAUGUGGGUCUUCAGAUCUACGUUCAGCUAAACAACGCUUCUCCCGAGUCAGGAGAUGGAGUCAUUUGUUGACUCAUCUUUUGCUUACAUUAAGCAAACGCGCUCCUGUCCUGUAGAUUUGGCUUUCAGACGAUCUCGCACUUUUCUGUGACUUGUUAUUAAAAACCUAAUGUAAUCAGACCAACAGUAUAUUUGUGGGUUUAAAAUCUAAUGUUAAUGUUAACUUGCAUUUCCCAACUAAACCCAGUUUGUGUAAUUAGUUUGCAGAAUACCAGUAGUGUUAGGGAUAAUAAUAUUCACAAAAACCUGAUUACAUAGCUCAGUAAGUGUGUACAUUUCAUCAAGAUGUAUAUUGUGAAAUGAUGAACAUUAUAUUACAAUGCCUAAAUCUCUCAGCACUGAUGGUGAGUAAUUCUGGUACAACAGAGCGCAUCACAAAAAGGGCUUCUUAUGAUUUAAGUCAUUAUAAAUUAGUAAAUUUCUUAUAAAGGUGAUCUGCAGAAGCAAAUCAACGUUAUAGAUAUGCAGUAAUACCCCUUAAACAUUUGUGACUCUACGUGCACUUUUGACAAUUAUUUGUCAUAAACCUACUAGAGUAGAACUAUAAGAAUUUAAUCCUUGUCAGUAAAAAGCUGUUAAAGCAAUAGUUUGACAUUUUGGAAAAUACACUUAUUUGCUUCCUUGCUGAAUUGGCUGGGAAGAUCGAUACCCCUAUGAUGUCUGUACGCUAAAUAUGAAGCUAAAGUUAACAGCUUGUUAGCUUAGCUUGUUAGCUAGCACAUGGGCUUGAAACCGAGGAAAGUAGCUAGCUAGAUUAUGUCUGAAGAUUAAAAAUAUAUAUAAGUUCAACUCCCGGCACUUAAAGCGACACUUUAAAUGUUUUAUCUUUCAAAAAACAAAAGUGUAAUAACGACGACUCCUGGCUUUAUUGGGGUUAAAACCUAUUGUUUUAUUAGUUAGCCAGACUCUGCUCCCUGUGAGAUCGCAGAUUUAUGUUUUUAAUGGUAAUUGGUGAUCUUAAAGGGGAUGGUAGAUGGAUUUGGUUACUUGUGGACAAAGCUUGGCCAGGUGUUUCUCGCUGAUAAUUUAUGUCUUUAUGCUAAGCUAACUGGCUGCCAGCUGUAGCUUCAUAUUUAGCGAACAAAUAAGAGUGGUAUCUAUAUUCUAAGCAAUCUCUCUGCAAGAAAACUAAUAAGCAACUUCCCAAAAUUUCAACAUAUUCCUUUUUAAAUCUGACAUUUCAAUCAAUUAAUUAUCCAAAAAGAGUCUCUGUGCACUAUCGAUGCACUCCUGCUCACUUUAUCUAUAGACGGCCUACUUGUAGUGUAGUGUUAACCUGUAAAUAUUGUUAUGUGUUUCUUCCUUGUGAUUUAAUUCCUAAUGUUUACAUCUGGAGAGUCAUUUGAAUGUGCCCCCAUGUGCGUCUUGGCUGGUACUUCCGAAUGUUGGAAUUUGUGGAUAAGCUUUUGUAACUGUAAUAAGCUGUUCAUUGUUUUAUUUAAACGACAAAUUGAAGCAAAGCACCUUAGUGUAGUCUUGCGUCUCUUAUCUCACCCCAUUUACAUGUAUCUCUUAAACUGCCAUGGUUAAAUGGUUAGGGCCACAUCAGAUGAUAUUUGAUAAUGGUACUUUUUCUUUUGUUUCUUCAUGUGUCAAACACACGUUUUGUACUUUGAUUUGCUGCUUUUGUACAGGGUCCAGUUUGAGACUGCCCUUUAAAUGAAAAGUCUAGAGCUGUUAAAUUGUUGAAAAUAUAUAUUCUUUUUUUUCCUCAUUCUGGCUGUGGUAAAUCCAAUCUAGCCUUACUGGACAAGGAGCUCCAGGGUCAGAAAUGAGCUACAAUUUAGAAAUUCUGAGCAGUUUGAUGAGGUAACUGCCAACAUUGUAUACCCAUCCAAGGAUUGAGCUAGUCAUUGGUAGAUGUGGGCUUCUGAUUGUUGACAGAGAGAGGACUAACAGUGUCUUACAAACAUAAGGACUGUUGCUCUCUUGUGGUAGCUUAGUAAACUGCACUCUGUUAGCUCCACAAAAGAAAAAGAAAAGCCUCCCUUUGGAGUACAUUAUCGUGCAUUGUGUAUCCUUAGUUAUCAUUGGACACUCCUAGUACUUUAAAGGCUAAAAAUGUAAUGUUACUUAAAAAAGUAUUUGUCACUGUUUUCAGAAGCACUAGCCCAAGAGACAAUACUGAGAUACUGUGGUUAUAGUUUGUGUAUUCGCCUUAUACUCUGAGGGAUUUGAAUGUUUAUAUGUUAUGGAUGAUGAUGGUAGCUGAUGGUAAAAGAGGAGGGAUAGUAGUGAAUACUACUGAUGUAUGCACUUUGAAUUUGAUUGCCGCACUAUAACCCAUAACGGGGAACAUGUAUGCAGAUACAAGGUGAGCAAUAGAUAGCUGAAUUGUGUAGUGAAAAAAGUAUUUACACACAGCCGGCUGAAUCCAAAUGCUUACGUUUUUAAAUGGACCGUGAAUAUCGACGCUCAUACAUUAUUUGUGUUGUAUUAUUUGUUCAAAUUCAGAGCAAAGUUUGUGGUUAGUAAGUUGCAGAAGUGGCAGAGGAGUCAGUUAUGGUUCAGCCUGCACCUUGACUGGUGUUUCAGUCUUCCUGUGCCGCUCUGUUAACAAUAAUUUGUGACUACUCCCUGAUGAUGCAUACAGUACAGCUAUGGCUGUUUCGGAUUGGCUUGUUCCCCAAUCAUUACCCAAAUUAAGAGAAAUUAGUUUUAGCUCUUACAAAUUUGCUCCUAUUGAAGGCGCUUUAAUAUGUGACUGUUAUAUUUCAUGGAGAAAAUGUAGAGGAAGUUGUCAGUUGCCAAUUGAGUUAUGAGAAAGAUCAAUUAUUGCGAGCACUUUAUAUUACAGUUCAGUUAGUGUGGUUUGAAGGCUGAUAUAGUAGCAGUUAUAUUAAUCAAAAUCUGCUGAUGGCAGGUGUGUUUUUUUAAUAUUUCCAUGGCAUAAGAUUAUAGGAAAUUACAAAAAUGCAAUUCCUGCCAGAAAUGUUGCCUUGGCCGGUGUUAAGUCAUCUGAAUUAACAUUUUAUUUAGACCAAAGGGAUGUUGAAACUGUCUGUUCAGACCCAGCAAAAAUAAGUCCUACUAUAUUUCUCUGCUUGGAAUCAGUUCUAAAUAUUAUAUUGGAAUCUACACAAGUGAUGUUCUUCGAAACCAGUAUUAAUCAAUUGCUGGGAUAAUAAAUCAAGCAAACUUUAUGAUUAUCCUAAUUUUGGAGGUGAAUGACACUGAUUUGGUUAAAAUGUAUCAAAUUAAUUGGCAAAGAGCAGAAAAAAGGUAAUGUAAAAAAACCAAAACAGAUUAUUUGUUUUACCCCACUUUUCACACCGUAUUACAUUAAUAGUUCAUGACACAACUUUUUGGAAAUGAGGCAUUCUAAAUCCACUUUAGCAGGAUUUAAAUGUUAAUCCUUAGCCUUUGUUUGAUUAUUUAGUACAAAAAAGUCCAUUUGUAAGCCCUGAUGUCUCCCAAAUCUUAAAAAUAAUAUAACAAUGAAUCUCUUCUACGUUUUUUUCAGUUAAGUGACUGAAGAGCUGAUAUUCUGGAAACUGAGAAGGGACAUUUAGCAGUCUCUAGGUGUCCUAUAUUCUAGGCAAGUAGGCUUAAUGUGUUUUUAUAGCCAAAUUCUCCUGAACUAAGGCUAGCAGCCAAAGGCUCGUUUUAGAUUAGGGGAAGAUGGACCUGCCCUUGUCCUUAAAUGAGGGUUUGUCAUUAAGUGGCUGCUUAAACACCACAGUGACUGAGCAUUCUGCAUUGCACUCAAGGCAAAUCUCACAUAAUGAAGCAUUGAGCAUGGCAGUUUGUGCAAAGCAGAGUGCUCAUGGGAUUGCCAAGUAGGGUCUCUAUUGGGACUUGUAGUUUGGGGGUUUAGCUGAUAGAGCCGGAGUGUGUAUCCAAAAUAAUUUAAUUCUGUUGCCUUCAGCUUCAAGAAAUGUUUCGGUAAUAUUGCUGUUUAAAUUUCAUAGCAGUUACUAAGAUGUCAUGAUAUUGGUAAGAAAGCAGUGUGUGUGUGCGCGUGUGUGUUUUGUGUGUGUGUAUGUAUGUAAGAAUCUAAAGAAAUGCGUUACUCUUUUGAAAAUGGAAAGAAAUUGGCUCUUUUGUAAAAAUGGAGGAUCAGUUUUGUUUUCUGUUCGUUUUACUAACCAUAUUUUAGGUGCAACUUUAUGGAGCCCCAAAACUGACAAAAGGUGACCAAACAAAUCAUGAAUAUAACUGAAUUCCUUAACAAAAUGAUAUUGUUUGUUAAAUGAUAAAAAUGGAGAAAAUAAUCUGGCUACUUUGAUAAUUGAUUAAUCUUUAAAAAUGAUAAAAUUCUAGGUAGGUUGGGCAAAACUUGCUUUGAAUUUAUGAUUCGUGCAUUUCUUUUUUUGUUUUUACUAUUUUCAUCUUAAACAAGCAAUCGAUCAAUUGAGAAUUAUAAAAAGAAUGGUAUAAUUGUUUGUUACAGUCCUAGUAAAAUGUAAAUGUUUAUACUUUUCUUAAACCUCCAGCAAGGAGCUAUAUUUUGUAUUUUAGCUUUGUUUUUUUAGAGACACAAAAUCACAUAUAAUUAUAGAAUAUAAAUCAAUUAAAACAAAAUAAAAACAAAAGACAUACCCUUUAAGAUAAUUAGCUUCAUUAGCUAGCUAAUUAUUAUUAUUAUUAUUAGCUAUAUUGAAAAUAUUAGUGAUGUAUUCAGUUGUAUUUGAUAAUAUGUUACUACAUUUUGUCAGUUUCUGGGCUCCAUAUAAACUAGAACAUACAAUGUUACUUUGCAUGUGUGAGUUUGGUUGGCUGUUCUAAGAAGUUUGUUCGGUGGUGACUUUCCCUCUUUUUGGGAAAAGAUUUCUGUGAGUAUAACAAUAGGCACUAAUGCCAGAGUCAAUUCAAAGAUGUAUUAUCCACAUACCCUCUACAUUUCCCAUACUUACUCAUACUGCCGCUGUGUUAAUUCAUGUGUACUGUUAUUUACUGAUUCUCUUCUUCAUAAUGUAAACACUAUGUCUUAGUUAACUCUGCUGUACAAAGACCAUGUGUAGACAGUAGUUGUCAAGUUCAGCUAUAUUAAAAUACUAAAAACCGUACAAGGACAAUAGUGUCUAGAGGUGCUAAUAACAUUAGACUGUAUUUUCUGUCUUUUUAUUGUAUUAUUGACUCGUGUUCAUUGUCUGUAACACAGCAGAGCGUAAUUAAAUCAUUUCAAUAUUAAACAGUAUAGAUAUAU